AUGGCAAUGUUAUCUUUGUGUGGGUUGUCUGAUGAUACUUUAUUCAAAAGCAAAUGCGAAGUUGAAGAAAAUGAAGCAUUCGAAACUUUUCGGAGUGACAAUACCGUAAACCAAAUGAAUUUGUACUCACUUCCUGGAAAUCCUGUUGAAAACAUGCGUAUGAUUACUGCACGUGAUACAAUGGGUCGUCCAAUUGAGUUAAACUUUCACCAUGGUACUACAACAUUGGGAUUUUUAUACCAAGGAGGCAUAGUGUUAGCAGUUGAUUCUCGUGCUACUGGAGGACAGUACAUUGGUUCUCAAUGUAUGAAGAAAAUCGUUGAAAUCAAUGAUUUUAUGUUGGGUACAUUAGCUGGUGGUGCAGCUGAUUGUGUCUACUGGGAUCGUGUUCUCUCAAAACAAUGCAGAUUACAUGAGUUAAGAAACAAAGAACGUAUUAGUAUUACAGCUGCUUCCAAAAUUAUGUCAAACAUGAUUUAUUACUAUAAAGGAUAUGGAUUAUCUAUUGGAAUGAUGUUAGCUGGAUAUGAUAAAAAUGGCCCAUCUUUAUUUUACAUUGACAAUGAUGGUUCCAGAACACCAGGUAAAGUGUUUUCAGUAGGUUCCGGAUCAAUAUAUGCGUUUGGUGUUCUUGACUCUGGCUAUAAAUGGGAUUUAACUGACGAAGAAGCUCAAAAGCUUGGUCAAAGAGCUAUCUUCCAUGCUACUCAUCGAGAUGCUUACAGUGGUGGGAUUGUYCGAGUGUAUCACAUCACUAAAGAUGGAUGGAAACAUAUAAAGAAUGAAGAUUGUGAUGAAAUAUAUGAUAGAGUAAAGAAUGAAGCUAAAUAAUUAAAUAUUCAAGUUCUAAAUGUUUUAAUUAUAAGUACAUAAUUUUUGUAUGGUUUAUACAUUCAAGUGUUAAAAAAAUUGCUUUACAAGUGUUCUAAAUUUUCAAAAAUAAAUUAUCAAUAAAAAAUUUGUCUUACAACAAACAUCAACUGUAUCAUUAUAAUAUAUAAUAUUUGGUGUGAUUAAUUGAAUUACUCUAUGUCAGUUUAAUUAUUCCUUAAUUUAAAAAUACAUAUUAUCCAAUUAUGGUAUAUUGGGAGUAUUGACUUACAAAACCUGAUAACUGGUUAGUCUAUGUGUAAUAUAUAUGUUAUUUUARAAAUCAUCAAAAUGGUUUAUAUUUCAUUUUUAUUUUGUCAAUUYAAUAGUUUUAAUUAUUGUAAAUUUGUAUUCUUGGAUCUAAUUUUUGUAAAUUAAAAUUUUCCGUGAGAAAUAGCGAUAGUAAAGAAUUGGACAAAAAUUAUUAAGUGUAAACAUUGUAAACAUCUAAACACACCCCUGAAUCUUAUGCAAUAUGAUUUUAUAAUAAUUUGUUUAAACAAACAACAUGUUAUUGUUUCAAACGUAAUUUGCUAAAUGCUAAUUUAAAAACUAAAUUUCCAACCUAAAUAAAAUUUAUACCAAUAGAUUCCUUGAGGGUGUUUAUUGUUGAGGUACUUAUUUGUUGUUGUGUAUAAGUUAUCACCAUACUAACGAUGACUCAUACCAUUUUAUUUUUAUACUAUAUUAUUUCAAUUUCAAGUAUUGUAAAAAAUAUACAC